AUGGUCAAGUCCUACGUCAAGUAUGAGCACUCGCAGACCUUCGGCGUCGUGAAUUCGGCGACCUCGAACGUCGUCUGGGCGCCUGAGUCCACCGCAGCCCGCAACACCGGUGCCGGCCAUGCGUACACCGCCGCGAACGAGGAGCUGCUCUGCUGGGACUUGAAGAAGGGCGAGCUGCUCAGCUCCUGGCGCGACAGCUCCUGCUCCGCCGAAGUCACCCAAAUUGCCCAGAGCAAGACCGACCCCGACGUUUUUGCCGUUGGCCAUGCAGACGGCAGCAUUCGCGUGUGGGACUCGCGCUCCUCGUCCCUAAUCAUCAGUUUCAACGGCCACAAGUCUGCCAUCACCACCUUGACCUUCGACGACUCCGGCGUGCGCUUGGCCAGUGGGUCCAAGGACACGGAUAUCAUCGUGUGGGAUCUGGUCGCUGAAGUCGGCUUGUUCAAGCUGCGCGGUCACAAGGACCAAAUCACGGGGUUGAGGUUCCUGCAUGUCGGCACUGGUGCUGCUGACGAGGACGAGGAGGUGCCUGAUCUCGCUGACGACGGACCGGUAUUCCUCCUGUCAACUAGCAAGGAUGCCCUGAUCAAAAUCUGGGACGUCAAUUCGCAACACUGUAUUGAGACACACGUCGCUCAGACCAAUGGCGAAUGCUGGUCUAUGGGCCUCUCCCCUGAUGGCAAUGGCUGCAUCACGGCUGGCAAUGACGGAGAAAUCAAGGUGUGGACGAUUGACCGGGAAGGGUUGCGCACCCUUGCGAGACAAGUCGGAGAAACUGCAGACGCCGAUUUCCUUUCGGAGAGGGGCACGUUGUACCGUGCGGGUAAGGACAGAACAAUCGGCAUCAGCUUUCAUCCCAAGAUGGACUACAUCGCGAUACACGGUUCGGAGAAGGCGGUGGAGUUGUGGCGCAUCCGCUCGGACGAUGAGGUGCAAAAGAGCCUGGCCAGGAAGAAGAGAAGGAGAAAGGAGAAGCUCAGGGAGCUGAAGGACAAGGGCGCCGACGUGGACAUGGCCGAUGUCGACGACGAGGAUAUCGCGACGGCGGGCGUGGGAGACAUUUUCGUCCCGUAUGUUAUUGUCCGUACAGGAGGCAAGGUCAGGGCUGUCGACUGGGCGCGGGGGACGGCGAAAGCGCUGCAGCUGAUUGUGUCCACCACAAAUAAUCUGCUGGAGGAUUACAGCGUACCAACGAAGGAACGCACCAAGAAGGCCUCCAAGGACGAACCCCCGGAGUACUCUCGAUCUUACUCCGUUGAACUCCCAGGACACAGGGCUGAUGUGCGCUCUCUCGCUCUGAGCUCGGAUGACCGCAUGCUGGCUUCCGCGUCGAAUGGCAGUCUCAAGAUCUGGAACAUUCGGACAAAGCAGUGCUUGCGCACGCUGGAGUGCGGCUACGCGCUGUGCUGCGCCUUCUUGCCAGGAGAUAAGAUUGUCGUGGUAGGCACCAAGACUGGAGAGAUUGAGCUUUUCGAUAUCGCAUCAUCACAGCUCGUUGAUACUGUGCAGGCGCACGAGGGCGCAAUAUGGAGCUUGGAUCUACAUCCCGAUGGCAAGUCCGUCGUGAGCGGUAGUGCGGACAAGACAGCAAAGUUCUGGAAUUUUGAGAUUGUGCAGGAGGAGAUUCCAGGAACAAAGCGAACGACGCCGAAACUUAAGCUGGCGCACGCCCGGACACUGAAGGUCAACGACGACAUUCUGAGCUUGCGCUUCUCUCCGGAUUCCCGCCUGCUCGCCGUGGCCACUCUUGACAAUACCGUCAAGGUUUUCUUCGUCGAUUCUCUCAAACUUUUCCUCAAUCUUUACGGACAUAAGCUUCCCGUGCUGAGUAUGUCCAUUUCGUCUGAUAGCAAGCUCAUUGCCACUUGCAGUGCGGACAAGAACGUACGCCUUUGGGGCCUCGACUUCGGAGACUGCCAUAAAGCCUUCUUUGCGCAUACCGACAGCAUUAUGCAGGUCUCAUUCAUUCCUCAUCCGGUCUCAAAGGACGAGAACCACCAUUUCUUCAGCGCUAGCAAGGAUCGGACACUUAAGACCUGGGAUGGGGAUAAGUUCGAGCAGAUCCAAAAGCUGGAAGGUCACCACGGCGAAAUUUGGGCCAUGGUCGUAAGCCGGACAGGCGACUUCGUCGUGACCGCCUCGCACGACAAAAGCAUGCGCAUUUGGAACCAAAGCGACGAGCCCAUUUUCCUGGAAGAAGAGCGUGAGCGCGAGCUUGAGGAACUGUACGAGUCCACCCUUGCCGCCAACCUCGACGGCGAUGGCGACAAUGACGACAAGGAUGCCGAAGUCGGCGCCGCCACCAAACAGACCAUCGCUACCCUCACGGCCGGUGAACGCAUCAUGGAGGCACUUGAGCUCGGCCUCGCCGACCUGGAAGUCGUCGCCGCCUGGCGUGCCCAGAAGGCCGCGAACCCAACCGCCAACAUGGCCCCGCCUCAGCGUGACCCUCUCUUCAUGGCGCUUGGUGGCAUAUCGGCUGAGCGUCACGUCCUGAACACGGUCGCAAAGAUCCCCGCUUCGCAGUUACACGACGCUCUCCUGGUUUUGCCAUUCAGCACCGUGCCUGGAUUGUUCACGUUCAUCCGAAUCUGGGUCCAGCGCCAGUGGAGCGUGCCGCUUGUGUGCCGUGUGUUGUUUUUCAUGCUGAGGACGCAUCAGCGGCAGAUAGUCGCCAGCAAGGAGCUGAAAACUACCUUGGAAGGCAUGAGGGAGGAUUUGAGAAAUACGCUUGGUGGCCUGAAGGAUAUGAUGGGCUUUAAUGCCGCGGCGUUGAAGUUUGUCGGUGCGAGGGCGGAGAGCGGGAAGGUUGUUAGGGUCGAGGAUGUAGAGGAAGUGGUGGAAAGGGGGGCGAAGGGGAAGAAGAAGAGAGCCUUUGUUGAUGUGGCAUAG